AACUCAUGAUAAUUGUCAUUGCUCAUAAUUUUUUUUCCUUCCGAAUCAAUCUAUCUUAAUUUUUUUAUAUAUAAAUUCCGAUCAACACUUAACAAGGUGUCAUCGUGCUUCUUGGAAUGUUUAGGCUUUAGGAUUGCAUUGCUUAUUAAAUUGCAAAUUUUUCUUUCAAAACUGAAUGAUGAAUGAUUUUGUGGUAAAAAUAAACAACGAAGGCAAAUGUAUUCUUAUUACGAUUCGCCGAAUGUUAUCUCAGCAUGUUGAAGAAGCUGUUGAUUGCUUUAAUGAUCAUUUCGAUGUUUUCGAUUGUCCCUCAACUGUAUUGGCUUUUCUUCAUCAAGAUCCACAGGCAUUUUUUAUUGCCAUUGAAAAUGAAUCCUUGAAAGUGAUUGGAGUAUGCGGUGCACCUCUUGGUUUACAUCAAACACAUUUUUUUGGUCUUUACGGUAUACGACCAGAAUAUCGAUCACAUGGUAUAGGAUCCAUAUUAUUUGAGCAAUGCAUGAAACAUGUUGGUUUUCAUAAUGCUGGUCUUUAUGCAGUACCGAAUAUGAUCCAAAAGUAUAUAACCAAAGGAGGAUUUCAAAUCCGAGAAAAUGUUUCAAUGGUUAAUUUUUUGGGAAUACCUGAACAAAUUUCUCAUUCUGGUAAAAAAGAUAUUCAAAUCAUUCAACUAAAUGCUGAUAAUAUCGAAAAAUUUCAAGAAAAAAUCAUUGAAUAUGAUGGAAAGAUUCAUGAUGGAUCUAGAGAAAAAUUAAUAAAAUUCAUAUUAAAAGAUCAAUCCUAUAGAACUUGUAUGGCAAUUAAUUCUAACGAUUCUUCUAUUCAAGGUUAUGGUUGCCUUAGACAGCAUUCAAUCACCAAACGAUUUUAUUUAGGUCCAUUAUAUUCAAAUGAUGUAGAUUCUGCUCAAUUGCUUAUAGAAUCAUUGAUCAAAACUCAAUCAAAUUCAGUUCAAGAAAAUGGUUUAGUAUGGAAUGCCCUUGAUUCAAAUCCGCUUUCUUUAGAUCUGGCGAAAAAAUUUGCCCUUCAAGAAAUUGAACGAUGUGAAAGAAUUUUUACAAAAUAUCCAAUUCGAGCCAACUAUCGAUGCAUAUAUUCAGUUUUUUCUCCAGAUUUUUCUCUUUAAGGAAAUUUUAAUAUCGAUUAAAUUGAAAAUAAAUG